AUGGAGCCGGCCUUGCUCCGGGAGCCCCGCGCUGAGCCCCGCGCCGCCAGCCCCGCAGCGCGGCAGCGCCGGGCGGGGAGCGGGGCCGGGGCAGCUCCCGCCGGCGGGCCCUGCGGCUUGGCUUCGGGAGGAGCGGGAAGGGCCCCAGGGAGCCUGGGCCGGCCUGCCGGCAGCUGUGCCCUGUACUUCUCUUCCAGCAGUGAUGAUGAAUUUGAAAUGUUUUUAGCUAGGAUGAAAACCCCCAAAUCUGUUUAUACAAAGGUGGAUGCGAGUCUGAAGGACUUAAGUGAUGACUUGGAUGAUUUCUUCUCGGACUUCAAAGUGAAAAAGAGCACAACAAAGAAAGCACAGAAGGAUCUUCAGACCCCAAGGAAGUGGAUGACUCCUGGAAAGAAAAGCACUUGCUGCAAAGAAUUGGAGUAUCCAGAGGCUUCAAGUGACACUGAAGAUUCUGUCUUUGUCGAAAGUUCAUGGCAUGGCUACCAAAAAGGGGGAGUGAAAGACCUGAAAGAGAAUUGGGAGUGCAUAAAACUCCCACCUCCACAAAAUCAAAAAGAGUCCAUUUCCAGAGGCAGCCCAGACUUGCAUGUGAGAAGGAAAGAAAAAAGCUGUGAAAAGAGGAAGGAGAAUGAAGCGCCAGCUGCGGUGGCACGACACAGGACAGAGGCAGAGUCAGACAGCUCUGAUGAUGAGUUUGAAUCAUUAAUAGAAAGGAUAAGGAAACAAAGUACACCCCGAAAAGCUCUCCUAAGUACAAGUAAAACUGUCUACCAGCCAACCACAACGGAAAACAUCAAGCCACGCUGUGCAGAUGCCCAGCCCUUGAAAGGGGAGGGAGCUAAGACACCAAGGCCAAACUCUGUAUCACUUCAAGAAACACCUUCCAGGAUAGUGACUCCUGCAAGAAUUCCUGGGAAUGAAUUGGUCAGUUGCUCACAAUCAGCAAAGACAGAGAAAAGGCAAGUUUCUCCAUUUUUCUUUCCUAUGUUCCAGGGUCACUAUAGAUAGACAAAGAGAUGCUGAGCAUUUUGCCUAGGAUGACAUUCUUCUGAAAAUUCAUCAAAGCUGAUUCUUUUAGUAA